AUGUGUCUUCUACUCAUCGUAUGCUUGUUAGUCUUCGCAAAGUCUUCCACUGCGGCACAACCACGAGAUCUCCACGGAGUGAAUGGAAAAUUUGAUACUCGUUCUUUGCACAGAGAAGCCCCUGACUCGGAUCCAAGCGCAAAUCCAGGUUACACUUUGAAUCCAGAGUGGUCGCAUGAUUCUCAGAAUCAUGCUCCCAACUCGCUCGACCCUAUAUCACCGUUCAAUGACAAUGGUCGAUCACAAAUGGUCGACAACUUUUUACCAGCACCGUGGAUGAUGAACUGCCCUGCGCUAGCGCUCGACUGCAGCCGCUGUCCACGCGACCUACGCUGUUCACGAACCCUCCUCACAACUAAGACGCCUCCACAUAAUGGCCAAAUAACGCCUCAGCCCGCGGGUCUUGGUGGUUACAACACAAUAACCGGUCAACAAGACUCCGACACCCCCACCGUUGCGGGCCAGCAGCCUCCGCCGUGUCCUCUCCAGAAAUGUAGCAACGCUGGUGCACCACCGUGCGGACCGGGUGCUAUAUGUAGAAAAGACAACUGCGCAUGUCUGCAUGGAAGAAAGGGCCACCCCUUCGGUCCUAAGGGAUGGAUGGCACUGAGAGGCUGGACAUGGCCAGAAGCGCUGAACAUCUUUGUGAACCCGGGUGUGCCUUGCGAAACACCUUGUGACACCCUGUUCUGUGGAGAGGUGAGGGGACGUGGGUGCGACGGGCCGCAGAGCUUGCAGCCGGGUUCUUUGGAUAGCAUAGUAUCGGAGGCUAUUGUUGCGCAGGAAAACAGUACAUCGGUGGUUCCCUCUUUUCAAAGCCUUGGUAUCGAGACAUUGAUCUCGACGUUGAAGAGCAAACUCGCAACAUCAGCACCCACACCGUUGGGUCAAAUCGUGUCGACAUCAAAAGUGGUACCAGGAAGGAGCUAUGUGUCACAUGUGAGCGCUGCAAUCCCUCAAAGCACUGGGGAAAGGCCAAUGGGAGCUAUACCAACACGAAGCGCCACAAAUGACGAUUUCUCGCUGCCAAUGGCACCUGGUGGUAUGGGAGCUAUACAGAAACCGGGAGCUCCGCCGCUCCGAUUUUAA